UUGAAAAGCUUGAGAUGCAAUGAAGUGUAGAAAUGCUAAUUCAGUUUUGCAGACAAAAGAGGGCUGCAACUAGAGAGAUUUUUACGAGAUCACCCUUGCUGAGCUGCCCGGUCAAGUUUUGCACUGGGGAAAAUGGUUUCCUUGACAAAACGAGGAAGGGAUACAGUUUACCAAGCAGAGUCUCCCAACAUGAUACACGAUCCCCAAAUAGGUAAGGUAUCGGUGUAUUUUUUUUAACUUAAAUUGCCUGUUUACUAGUUUAAUUAAUAUACUCGCUAAGCCUAUUUUUUUUUUAUCCCGGGGGGGGGAGGCGGGUACUGCCAUAUGUGAGCUAUAUAGUUAUGUGCCGCUGUGAAGGGUAUGGUUUUUCAACAGUUUACUCUAGGACAUAUAAAUCAGAACUGUCCCUAACCCCCUUAUUUUUUGUUAACUAAAUGGUAGUUAGCUAGUUCUAAUUGGCUGAAGACACUCAUCUAAAAACAGGAGGGUGGUAUAACAAUAAAAAUGGCUGAAAUUAACAAAUGCAAAAAUGUAAGCUUCUGGGUUAAUAUUCUUUUGUUUACCAGUAAAUUAAAAUUAGCCUGACUAGCCUCAUUCUUCUGUACAAAAUUCAAAAGAAUAUAUCUUAAUUUUUGACUGCUCUUUUUUAAAAACACAUAUUUAGUUGAAUUAUUGUUGAUUUAUUAAUUUACAGCUUUUCAUUUACUCAUCACUUUCGGAGAACAUACAGUCUGUCAACAAACCAUGGGAUGUCAAGAAAGGUACUUGUAUACAGAACUGCAAAUAGCAGACAGUCAUUGGACAGAAUCAGGAUAAAUUUUGUCCAACAAAAUACAGUACACGUAGUUAUUGUAAUUACACUACAUGACCCGAGAGAUCAGAUACCAAAGGCUACAUUAUAAUUUUUGAACCUGAAGAACUGCAUAGAGAUCAAUCCUGCAGUCAAAAAAAAAUGUUCAUACCAUAUUUAAACAUUACCUGGUAAGUUAUUACUAUUAAAGAGUGAUAUGAAAAUUCUGUUGUUUAUAGUGAGGCCUGUGUAUUUUCAAAGAUUGUCCUAUACCAACUGACGAAUGUUUUAGCUUGAUAAUUAUUAAAUAAAUGAAUUUUGUUAUGUUCUUGAUCACUAAGAGGGUUUUUUCUGUUUGAGUUCACAACUUCCUAUUUUUUUAUUGUUGUAGGAUACAAUUGACAUGUCACAGUUCCCAGUUUCAAAAAUAAAGAACUUUAGUAUCAUUGCUCACAUUGAUCAUGGAAAAAGCACCCUUGCUGACAGAUUACUUGAAAUGACAGGUACUGAUGUACAUGUAUUUUCCAAAAAUAUGUUAUUACCAUAAUGACUGUCUUAAUAAUGUGUUCAGUUAAUUAUGAUGCAUUGUUUAUAAAAGAGUUUUCAGAUUUUUUUAGACGUCAGGGCAGCAUUUUUUUUUAAUAAGAGAUGUUCACAGAAACACUGGCUUUGCCUGCAUGCCUGGGCAGUUUUAAAAUUUGUUUUUGUUUUAUAAUUAUUGUUUAUAUUCACAAAUGAUUUAUGAAUGAAUAGUUGUUUAUGUGGUAGUUAUAACUGGUAUAGUCACCAAAUAAAACAACAAACUCCGGGUCACUAAACUUAAAAGGCAGAUCAACCCCUGUAAUUGACACUAGCUGAAAAGAGGUUAGGGAUGUUGUUAACAGGGUCGAUUUGAUCCAGUCACUAAUUUGUCUAAAACACACCUAGUGACUGUAGAUAAUUAGGUAGUUGAAAAAAGAUAACUAGUAUACUUGCUGACAGUGUUAUUUAUAUCAUCUUUAUUGUAGGCACAAUAUCAAGAAACAGUGACAACAAACAAGUGCUGGACAAACUGCAAGUUGAGAGAGAAAGAGGAAUAACUGUCAAGGCACAGACUGCAUCAUUGUUCUACAACUAUAAAGGAGAAACCUAUUUAUUAAAUCUUAUUGAUACACCUGUAAGUGUUGAUCAAACUCAGUCAUCAUUGUAAUAAUUUAGAUGAAAAUAAUUUGCCCCUUGCAAAGAGAGACAGAGGAAUGAGGGGAAGGGAGGGAGGGAGCUGGUGAUUUUGCCUCUGUUUAAUAAAAUACAUGUUUACAAUGAUUAUGAAUGUAUAUUAAUCUGUGGAUGACUUAUUAAUUGAAGUAACAACAACAAUAUUCCUGUAAACCUCUUUCAAUAUUUAUAGACUUUACUUAACGGUUUGGUCUUACCCGAUUCUCUUUUCUACAUUAUUGGAAAUUUCAUUAAAUUGAGUCAGUUGGUUAAAAGUUUAUAAUAACUGCAUGAUAACGAAGUAUACAUUUUAAAUUGUAGGGCCAUGUGGACUUUAGUUAUGAAGUAUCAAGAUCACUUGCUGCUUGUCAGGGAGUUAUUCUUCUUGUUGACUCAUCACAGGUACAGGCUUGGAUUUACACUGUUGUUAUAGAUUAAAUACAAAGUUGAAUAUCCUUGAAUUUGUAUGAGAAUUUUCAGUUUAUUCAAAACCUGAAUUAAUGUUAACUCUGUGAGUUUAUUUUUCAACCCUCAAAAAAUAAGCAACAACAUUUACAUGAACAAGAACAUUGACUUCAUUUAAUUUUAGGGAACUCAAGAUUGUAGAUAUGCUGGAAGCAAGUAAUGUAUAAUAUAUUAAAAACUAUUUACGUGUGUACCAUGCAUCAGUAAACGUACCAACUAAAGAUCUUUAAAUUCAGUUUUAUGUUGAUUUAAAUUUCUUGUUGUAAGCACAUACAGGUCAAUCAGUAUCAUAUUAUUCUUCUUAUUAUUAUUAUUGUUAUUAUCAUUAUUAUUAUCAGUAAAUGUACAUUUUUUAUUUUCUUAGGGUGUUCAGGCACAAACAGUGUCAAACUUUUUCCUGGCAUUCGAUAAGGAUUUGCACAUAAUCCCAGUACUUAACAAGGUAUUGCUUUUGAUAUAUCUGCAAAAGUCUACACCUUCGUAGGUUAAGUUAGCAGCUAUUUAUUGCCUCCGAGCAAGGCUGUGCUCAAGCAGAGCCCGGUGGCCCAUGGCACCAAACUUUUGCUCUCCUGUGACUCGAAAAUCUUUACUUUUUCAUAGAAGUCAUAUAUGCUGGGCACACUGGAUUUCACAAGUUCAGAGCACUGGGGCUCACUUCAAUUUUUCUUAGAGUACAGCCUUGAUAAGAACAUGUUUUAUUUAUCAGGCUGAACUGGUUCUUAUAUAAUUAUAUGCAGGUCCUUUAUGGGCCAAAUUUCAGCCUGAUGUUCUUAAUCCAUUUUUUCUUAUAUGCGGGUGUAUGUAGCAGGUGUACUAUUACCAGUUUGUCCAAUUUUAUUUCAAGGUUAUAUUUUUUCCUUUUGAUUCCAAAUUAACCACCACUUUAGAAUGUAAAGUGAUCCCAGUCAUACAGUCAUUUGCUGGCUUUUUUUUUAGUUUAUUUAGAGUUAAUUACCUCUGAGCAGAAGUUGGAUGUCACUUCCAUAUUCACAUUUGGAUAUCAAUACAAUUUCAUUUAUUCAAUAAUUUAUUAAAUAAUAUUUGAUAUUCAUUUACAGAUAGACUUAAAGAGUGCAGAUCCUGAUAGUGUUUCAAAACAAAUGGAAAAAUUAUUUGAUAUCACACAGGAUGAAGUUUUAAAGGUGAGAACCUUUUCAUUGGAAGACGAAUGAAACAAUGUUGUGUUGUGUUUAAUUAAUAAAUAGAAAAUAUUUUCAAUGUUUUAAUCACCGAUUAUAUAUUGUUUUCUGCCUUCAUGUAAGGCCCCAUUUAUAUGGAGAAAACUUGUCCCGAGUAGAAGGUUCACUCUCUCAGUCAAGUCACCUUUAGCAAGUGUUUAUAUGAGAACAAAGUUGGCCCCUUUGCUGGAGCCAAAAGGCUUGCACAUUGCUCCAAUUGUCUUGCUUUGACCAUGCUGACCCUGAUUGGUGAGCCAAAGUGAAACGUUGGUAUAGUUAAGGAGGGUGACUCUAGCAUCACAAAAGAGUGACCUGAGCCAUUUUUUGUUUCUCAUGUGAACAGUUUGCCACAUUUUGAAAGGAAAGCUUGAUAGCUUGGGCAGGCGGGUGACCCUUCUACAUGGGCAACUUUUCUCCACAAAAAGAGUGCCUAAUAGGCUUGGUAACCAUUUCUUUUCGUUGUUUUAAAAUUGAUAUUGUUUAGUAUUGCAAUCCGAUUGGCCUGGUUUUAUAAUGAAAUGGUAGAGGAGUCUUAUAUAUGAAUUGUAAGCAAGACAUUUGUCAUAUCAGCAAACAAAUUGUCAAGUCCAUUGAUAUCAGGCAGAAUGAUCAUGUGUUAUUUUUCACUAGUAAGAGUGCUCACCAAGUUUGACUGAUUUGUUAAUAAAUCAAUUUUUUUGUAGUUCAGCUUUUACAUAUAAUCAUAAUUAAUAAAUUUCACUGUUUUUCCCUUGAAUUGUGGUUAUGAAUCUGAAUCUGACUUGACCCCAGUUUUCUCUGUUGAACCUCUCAUGGUGGUGUGCAGGGUUUGAUGGGAAGACAUACAGAAGUAAGGAGAGAGAGUCUUCUUUUUCCUCCUUUCCAUAACCCCUAGGCUCUGCUCCCACAGGACUAUAAGUCAGAAUCAGAAUCAAAGGAGAAAUAUCAAACUGGUUAAAUUUGAAAUUUCUUCUGAUUCAUAGCAAAAAUUGAGCUAAACCUUACCAAAGGAAAGGGAAAAAAUACCGUACAGUUCUAAAUCUAUUUAUUAAUAAUUAGAGUGCUAAUACAUGUGCGUUCAUUUUGUAUAAUUUUCUUGAUUUGUUUGACAUUCUGACAUGGGAAUUUAUGGCCAAUCACUGCAGAUCUCAGCAAAAACAGGCACUGGAAUAGCAAGCAUCCUUGAGACUGUUGUUGAAGAUCUUCCUUGGUAAGUUAACAUGAUUGUUGUACAGUUCAAUUAGACUCAUGUCAGCAGUCUCUGUGCAUUUUUCUUAAACGUUGGUGGAGUGGUGUUGGUUACACAAAAGCAGCAAGUUUCAAGCAGCAAAUUCACUCAAGAUAGGCUGAGGAAAACGUGGGCUGUUUGUUGCCUAUUAUCGUUUGUAAAAACAAUAUAAGUUACAUAGUUCUUUUGCAUCUUUAAAUAUUUAACAGAAAAAAUUGUACAUUUUUUACAGCUUGUUUCAGUCCACUUCCUCCCUCCCUAUAACCAAAAACACUUUUUAAUUUAUAGUUUUCAUGCCAUACUGUUAAGGCAACUUUUAGUGAGAUCACGGGUCGCUGUCUGACCAAUAAGCCCCAAUAUCAAAAUACAAAUUCUCCAAACUGAUCUCCAUAAAAGAUAAAGUCUAAUCAGGUUAUUGAUUCUCUUAAUGCUUUAUAUUGUGUAUUGACUGAAUUGUUCUAAGAAAACUGAUGUUGGUCACUUUUUGGACUUAAAAGGUAAAGAACGUUCUUCUGAUACAAACACUUCUGUUAACUUUUCAAGAAAGACUGCCCCUUUAUUGUUGUUCUCCAUUUUAAUCUUAUUGGUUGUCAACUGAUAAUUGUGCGAAUUUUUAGCCCUCAGGGUGAUUCAACCGCGCCAUUAAAAGCUCUUCUUUUUGACUCAUGGUAUGAUCAGUAUCGAGGAGUAAUCUGUCUUGUUGCAAUUCUGGAUGGAUCACUUAAAAAAGGUGGAGAUCAGUUUGAUUUGAGACACAUUCAUCUGCGCAAUGCCAAUCAUCAACCUCAGUCUAAUGACACUUAUCUGUACAACUUGUCUUAUCUAUCAUCAUAAUAACCAUUGCAUUUACAGUGAAACCUGUAUUAAGCGGACACUCUCGGGGAAUGCUGUGGUGUCCGCUUAAUACAGGGUGUCCGCCUAAUACAGGUUUCGAUAUAUAACGUCAAAUGCCAUUCAAAUGAACAGUGGAAGCGUUUAUAAUACUCCCAGAGACUAUGACGAUAGACGUUUGCAUUAAUUUCUUUAUCAAAGUGAACCAAUUGAUCCUAGUACCAUAAACAUGAAUUGGAACUCAAAUUUGAAGAAAUCAGAUGAGUGAAACAAGCUCUAUACAAACAAAACGAAAUUGAAAACAAUCCUGUACUGUGGAACUAAUCAAAUAAGUUCGUUAAGUCACGUUUUUUAAUGUAAAAAUCGAAAAAUUUGUGGGUGACAAUUCGAGGCAAUCUUUAGCAUUUCCGGUGUCUGGCGUGUUGGGUGGUGGAAUUUAAUCACAAGUGUCCGUUUAAUACAGGUUGGCAACAAUAGAAAUAACCAUUUCAGGUACUUUUUAGGUGUCCGCGUCCGCUUAAUAGAGGUGUCCGCUUAAUAAAGGUUUCAUUUAAAGUAAAUAAGGGAAAUAAAUUUGGGGACUUCGGCUACUGUCCGCUUAAUAGAGGGUGUCCGCUUAAUACGGUGUCCGCUUAAUACAGGUUUCACUGUACUAACAUAUGUUUUUUGUUUUUGUUUGUUUGUUUUAUUGAUUUUUCACUUUUUUUGUUUUUAUAUCCUGAAUUGCUUUAUUACUAGUAACCUUUAUUCUUGUGAUGAUUUCAGGAGAUGACAUUAUGUCUGCUUACACUAAGCAGAGUUAUGAAGUUAUGGACGUCGGAAUAAUGUAUCCGGGAGAAGUCUCUACUGGUGCACUGUAAGAUUUAUAAAACAGCAGAUCACAUAUUUGGAUAGACUAUUCAAAAUAUAUUCACACUGGUAAUAUGCCAUUUUUGCUCAACAGUUUUGCUGGCCAAGUUGGCUUUGUAGCUUGUGGGAUAAGGAAUAGUAAAGACGCACAGAUUGGUGACACGUUUUUCCAUCCGCAAGCUCCCGUGCCUCCCCUGGGGGGGUUUAAACCAACGAGGCCCAUGGUAAGAUUGGCCUUUUUCCAGGUGUUCAUAUAGUAAAGUGCGAGAUCAAAAAUGGAGAGGAGCCGCGUACGCUAUAUAAAUAAAUAAAGUAAAUAAAUAAUUAAAAGUAAGUAUUCUAAAUAAUGAUUUAGAGGUGGUACAUCCACUAAGUGGUUCUUCCUCUAACUGAUGAUUCCUGGAUGAAUUGGAAUUUGGAAAUGUUAGUUUUUGAGGAGAGGACAAGACCGGAGUACCCGGAGCGGAAUACCCGGAGAAAAACCUUUCGCAGUAAAGGAGAGAACAAACAACGAAUGUAACUCACAUAUUGCUUCCUCGCCGGGAUUUUAACAUGGGUGAUACUGGUGGGAGUUGAGUGCUCUCACCACUGCACCACCCUUACUCACGUAACGCGUUUCCAUCUGAAUGCGGCCUGUAAGAGGCGGCUAUGGUAAGAUGAACAGUCAAAUAAAACAUACAAGAAAAAGAAAUCAACAAACAGAUGGAAUAAUAGAAAACAAUAACAUUCAGGUUAGCUGCAAGGACAGACUCAAAUACGAACAUUAAUUUCAAAAACUAAUAGUGAAUGUUACAAAUUUUAGUACUGUGUGUUAUAGGCGAUUUUAAUUAUUGUUUCAAGACGAGGAUUUUCUCAUCAGUUCUAUUUUCCUCUUUCUGUGGUGCUUGACUUCUUUUCAACAUUUCCUCCUAACUGUUUGAUCUGUUGCCCGGCCACUCAUAAUAACAGAAUGUCGGAGAUAGUUUUACAGCUCUGUCAAAGAAUUGUUUUGAUAUCUUUGUGUUUUAUUCACCGAUAGGUAUUUGCUGGCGUUUACCCCGUGGAUCAAUCAGAGCAUAUGUACUUAAGAUCUGCUAUCGAGAAGCUCACUCUUAAUGAUGCUAGUGUUUCUGUUCACCCUGAUUGCUGGUAUGGAGUUUAAUUAUUAUAGAUAUCCAGUAGCAUAGUUUAUUACGAAUAACAAACAUUGCCUCUGUCAGAAUUUGUUAAAAGAUCUUCAGGAUCACAAAAAUCACAUUCCAUUUUGCGAUAUAGUUAUUACACGGAGUAUUUAAAUAUUUUAUGCAAGACAAGAAGGUACAAUGUCCUUUCCCCGGUCAAGAGCGGUGAAGACCCCGGUAGAAUGGUCAAUCUUUCAUGGGUGGGGGGGGAGUAUCACGGGCCCACAGUAACUGGUUUCACGCUGUUGCGAUUACCCUGCCAAGAACUGUGAAAUCUAGUAAAUGGGGUUGCGCACGCGCGCCUCACAUGUCUCCCGCCCUAGGUCACACGCGUGGCCAUUAUCUUCUACCACGCGUUUCACUCCGCUAACUGAAAGAAAGUGGGUACUGCACAGUCCUCAGCUAAGGUAAGCUCAUCGGAACAAAAUGUUUUAAUUAUUUUAGCCUUGCACUAGGACAGGGAUGGCGGCUUGGUUUUCUUGGCUUGCUGCAUAUGGACGUCUUCAAACAAAGACUUGAGCAGGUAUGUUCUAUUUCUACUUGUAAUUUAAACUCUAUUGUACUAGAGAACAUAUUUCUCUUUGUAAAAUGAAUCCUUUAGUAUCACAUGUGCGCUUUCUUUGCUUUCAGGAGUACGAUGCAUCUGUUAUUGUUACAUCUCCAAACGUUCCUUACAAAGGUACUUGUAGCUAUAAAGAUAGACUUCGAAAAUUUGCUUACUUGGAGCCGCGGGAGUCUUUUUUUAACUUUGCGUUUCUCUUUUGACAGCAAUUUUAGCAGGCAACGAGGAAAGAGAAGUAGAGGUUCUAAACCCAUUAGAGGUAAAUUGCUUUUUAGCUGCUUACUUUGUGUAUUUUUUUUUUCUGGUUUCGAAAGUCGCAUUUUGGAACUCAAAUAGAUUUGAUGAAAUAAUAAACCAAAAAAGACUGCUGUUGACAAAAAUUAGUGGACUAAGUACAACUUAAAACUUGCAUUUACAGCUCCCUGAUCACUCGAAAGUGAAACUGUACAAGGAGCCAUAUGUACUGGGCACAAUAGUGUUCCCUGAGGAAUGUAUGGGAAAAAUGCUUACGCUUUGUGAGGUUAGUAUAGAUGAACAGGCAGUCACGCAAGCUUGCGCGAAAUUAGUUCUAUAUCCUGCAAGAAGGCGUCGACUCAACACGAGGAAGAUGACUUGCACACACGCUCAAAAAGUGAAGACUUCGCGAAUGAGGAGUCUGUUUAUACACUGUAUGUAUUAACCGCGCAUGUGCCGUUUUAGGGUCCACUGAGCUUGGCAACAAGCAACACAUGCUGACUGCGACAGUAAUGUGGGCCACAUCCCUUCCCCGUCCGAAAGUCAUCGCCGUCCUUCUCUUCAAUCCUUGUACUUAAUAUCCUUGUCCAUUUCUUGAGCAUCUCCGCUUUUUGUGAUAAUCAAAGUGCGCAUCAAGGCCCUAGAUUUUUUCCCUUUAUUUUUUUCCUGCCAUAUACAAGUCAUCUUUUUGGUUAAGAACGGCAUUGAUGUUGCUUCCCCUUUCUUUCUUGUCACUUGUUUGUUUCAGAGUAGGCGUGGUGAGCAGCAAGAGGUGCUGUACAUAGACGAGUCUCGUGUUAUGCUGAAAUACCUGUUACCGCUGAGCGAAAUUAUCGUUGACUUUUACGACGAACUCAAAUCUCAGUCCUCUGGAUAUGCAAGGUUUGUUUUUUAAAACUAAGUUCAACCUCCAGUGUGCAAAACAUGGGAUAUGUAUGCACACUUGGAGGACUUAAAGCAGUCAUGAGAAGAAGCGUUUUGAACAUAAAGAGGCAGAUGGUUCCACCCUGGGACAGGGCGAGGAAAGAUUGAUGCUGUGUAACAGCUUUUAAAUGCUAGGGUAUUUCUGAAGUAGUGUUGACUUUGAGAUUGGUCUAGUAACACGCCAGAUCCUGAACAGGAUCUGACACCUUUCAACGUCCACGCGACCGUGUUUCAAAAAUCUUUUUACAUCAGGGAUUGGUGGCUGACAGCCCUGCGGCGCUCUUCGAGGCUUUACUGCCAACCGUGAUCCCACAUAUUUUUCAGUAGUUGAAAUAUUCUAAAGUCUGCAUCUACAAAUCAAUAUAUAUCUUCACAACCGGAGAUUCUCAGGUUGCCAUUUUCGUUUCAGCUUUGACUAUGAAGAUGAAGGCUACAGAGAAACUAAUAUAGUGAGGGUAGGUUUUGCUGCCAAAUAUUAAAUAGUGAUCUGCUCACGGAGGAAAGCCGCGUCUUUUCUGAAGUGUUCUACUUAUGAAAGCUAUCUAUAGACUGCUGAUGAAAAGCAGCGAAAUUCUUUAUAUCAUUAUAAUUGAUUUUAUUGUAUCUAUUUUAACAGAUGGAUAUUCUGAUAAACGGAAAUGCAGUUGACGCGUUAAGCUGUAUAGUACAUGUAGACAAAGCCGUGCAAUCAGGACGGACGCUGUGCGCCAAACUUAAAGACGUCAUUCCAAGGUAUAGCACGGCAGCUCACAAGUGUGUUGUUGUGAUUUUCCAUUUUAAUUCCAAUCGAGAGCAACGCGGAUUUUCUAACCAAGCAGCAACCACAAUAUUUUAGUUUUUGUGAUGGAUCCCACCUUUUAUUACCCUGCGUACGGCCUGUUCAAACCGUUAAACAAAGUAAAAAAGAGAAGCGAGGUGUGACUUUUUAUGCAUUGUUAACACGUGCAAACAAGAAGAAGAAAUGUAUCAGAAGUGGAUUUCUUGGGUUACCCUCCCUCAGCCCUAUACACUGUGCAGUCGAAUUUAUAAAAGCACCUCCCUGCUAUCGUCUGAUACAAAGAGUUGAGAAAGAGAGACACUAACGCUUCGUCCAGCGCUUUUCAAUGUUCUUUGUUAUUUUGAUUUUUUUGUCCACUUUAGGCAGCUAUUUGAAGUGGUUAUCCAAGCUUCUAUCAGAGGAAAGAUUACAGCAAGAGAAACGUAAGAAUUGUACAUUUGAAUACGUAGCGUCUUCUUUAACGUCAUUGGCACAACACAUUGUGCGUCAUGUCGCGCCUUUUUCCAGAGCUGCAAGUUAUAGUCGGUCAGCGAACAAUGUAUGGCCUAGCCUGCAAUGUAUGCCUUAUUUAAGGGCAAACGAAAGCUCCUUGUUUAUGUUCACAACACUGUAGCCGCUCUCUUCAAUUUUAUGACAGGAAGGUUGGAGGUAGCCUGCGUUGCAGCUGGUAUCAGGGAUUAAGACUGUCGUCUACGACGGACGCAGGCUAGAUUGAGCCGGAGAGAAGAGUGACGGGUUCAACAUGGCGAUUACGCGAGAAAAAAAAACUCGCACACCUAUAAAAAAAAAAAACGCCUUCAGUGUAGGCUAACAAUAUCCAACUAAAAUUUUCUCCCGAUCGAAGAAAUCCUACAUGCAGUCGGACAUGACCGAGCAAAUCAAAUACUAAAGACUACAGCCAGGCUGAGUAGAUCGGUUGCAGCUUUCUUGUUCGCUUUGAUCUUUUUCCUCCUUCUGUUUCUUAACAGUUUGUAAUCUUCUCUUUCUAGGAUUAAAGCACUCAGAAAAGACGUCACUGCAAAAUGCGUAAGUUUUACCAUUUGUACCAUUUUAUACUCUACAACAGACACUUAUUUUUUGACUUGAUAAUGACAUUAGUUGAACGUCGAAACGUCGUCGUUUUUAACUUUUUUUUUUAAUAUGAGAAACAUUUUAGCGCAGUAUUUUUUAUCCAAAUGUUUAUCGCAAUCGCUUCUUAUUUACGUCUUGUAGUUUUUAAUUUUUUUUUUUAGUGUGUGUUUUAUGAAUUUGUGUUUGCGUAUGUGUGUCACUCACACGAUUUUCGUUUUUGUUUGUUCGUUUCCUGACAAGUCUUUCCUGACAAGAUGCUUCAUAUAAGGGAAACGCCUAUUGUUGUUACAUUUUUCUAGAUACUUAUUCAAACUGUAGUCAACGGUCACCCUCUAAUUAAGCGGUAAAUUACUAACCGUUCCAACAAGUUAAUGAUUUUUUUAACUUCUAUCGAACUGUCAACCUGUAUAAGUGAUCGAUCAGCUUGUGUGAAGGAAGACCUCUUAUACGCAAGUUUGACUGUAUUACGCACGCGCCGACUGCACAUCUCAAUCUUAAAUCCCCAAAUCACGACUCAGUGGGACGCGUCACCUGUACUUGAGGGAGGGAGGGAGGGGACAUUACAUUCUCACGAUUGGUUAUUAUUAUAGUUAUUUAAAUUGAUUAUUUAUUAUUUGCAGUAUGGCGGUGACAUAACGAGGAAAAUGAAGCUUUUACAAAAGCAGAAAGAAGGAAAGAAACGAAUGAAGAGAAUAGGAAGAGUGGAUGUUCCUCAUGAGGCCUUUUUAGCUGUUUUGAAAAGAUGACAACAGUUCAUCAAAAUAAAGCUCUCUAAUACAGAAAAAAGAAGUGAUGACGCUACAAAAAUCUAAAUUCAUGUAGCCUGGGACCAGGCUCCGUAGUGGGAGAAAAAGGUGAAAAAGA